CCGCGCCAGCCGGGGCUACAAGCUCGGACACCGCCCGCGCCUCUGGCUGGAGCCGGAGCCGGAGCGCACCACCCGCCCUCUCCCCCAGUCCUGGGUCCUGGAUCCCGGUCGCGGCUCGCCAGCCCCGUGCCCGGGACGUAGCCGUGCGCCCCUGCCCCAAGGCUGUUCGUCUCCUACCCCGAGCACCCGAGCCGCAACUCUGCCUGAGCUCCGAAACGCGCCCACUGCCCUCACCCCGUGUACCGGAGCCCGGGCGCUGCCAGCCUCUGCCCACGUGCGAGAGACCCAGGAAGCGGUGCGAUCCUGGGCGCAGCUUGCGCCUCCAGCCGGGUGCCAGCCGGCAGCCUGGACGCAGUCGCCUGGGUCAGAACUUGGCCGGACCCCGGCCGCCUCCUUGUUCUCAGCAAAUCAGAACCCGGACACCGCUACCACUGUUGGUCCCCUUGAUUUGGCAUUUCGACUAGCUGGAAGCCGGGACCCCACCCGCUGCCCUGUGCCAGGACACCAUCCUCUCCCGUAGCCAGCGUCCUUGGUCCAGCUCCCCGAGGGCACAGUGGUUGCAGCGGGCUCUGCUCCCGGUCCUCGCCCUCUGGAAGUCUACCCUGUAUGUGCCGGGGAGGCUGCAGGCGUGCAGGGCCCUCGCCCUCGAGAGAGGAGAAGAGCAGAGGCCGACUGGGCUGGUGAUUUCCGCUCCAGAUAGAGGUGCCUUGGGCUUGGGCUAGGUGAGCCCUCCGCACCGAACCCUACGGGGGCACGGGACAAAGCAGGAAACACCCCAGGAAGAAGUUUUGCCUGUGAGGUGGCUGUGCCCCCUGGAGAGGAGGUGCCCGUGGGCAGCGGCACUUUGGACAACAGCUUGGACAGGCUUUCCUACAGGAUACACGGAGGCUGGAUGGGGCUCUGAGGACAAGUCCCCGGGGCUGCGGGCAAGAGGAUGGUGAGACAUCAGCCCUUACAGUACUAUGAGCCCCAGCUCUGCCUGUCAUGCCUCACCGGGAUCUAUGGCUGCCGAUGGAAACGGUACCAGCGGUCACAUGAUGAUACCACUCCAUGGGAACGUCUCUGGUUCCUGAUUCUCAUCUUCACCUUCUUCCUCACCCUGACCUGGUUCUAUUUCUGGUGGGAAGUUGACAAUGACUACAAUGAAUUCAACUGGUUCCUCUAUAACCGGAUGGGAUACUGGAGCGACUGGUCCAUUCCAAUCCUUCUGACCACUGCCACUGGCUUCACAUACAUCACAGGAUUGUUGAUCCUGGCCCUCUGUCACAUUGCUGUGGGACAGCAGAUGCACCUUCACUGGCUUCACAAGGUGGCGCUGACCGUGGCCUUGAUCGCGACCCUCGUAGCGGUGUCCUCGGUAGCCCAGCUCUGGGACGAUGAGUGGGCUGUGCUGCUAAUAUCAUUGCAAGGCACAGCCCCAUUUCUGCACGUUGGAGCCCUGAUAGCUGUGACCACUCUCUCCUGGAUCGUGGCAGGCCAGUUUGCAAGAGCUGAAAAAGUCUCCUCACAGAUGGUCAUCUUCACUGCCUACUUCGCAGUGGUGUUUGUGCUCUACCUGAUCCCCCUCACCAUCUCCUCCCCCUGCAUCAUGGAGAAGAAAGACCUGAGCCCUAAGCCAGCCAUCAUUGGCCACCGAGGAGCGCCCAUGCUGGCUCCAGAACAUACAUUGAUGUCCUUCCAGAAGGCCAGGGAGCAGAAGCUCUUUGGGGUCCAAGCUGACGUGACCAUCAGCCUGGAUGGCAUUCCAUUCCUCAUGCACGACACUACCCUACGCCGCACAACCAACGUGGAUGAAGCCCUCCCAGAGCUGGCCCGGCGGCCUGCCUCCAUGUUCAACUGGACUGACCUGAAGCAACUCAAUGCGGGAGAAUGGUUCCUCAAGACUGACCCCUUCUGGACCGUGCACUCGCUGUCAGCCUCCGACUACAGGGAAGCACAGAACCAGUCCAUCUGCACCUUGACUGAUCUCUUGGAACUGGCCAAAGGGAACAUGACCCUGCUGCUCAACCUUUGGGACCUGCCCCAUGACCACCCCUACAGGGGCACCUUCUUCAAUAUCACCCUGGAUGCUAUCCUCCGCUCUGGCCACCCACAACACCUGGUUAUGUGGCUGCCCAGCAAACAAAGGCCAUUGGUAGAGAAGGUAGCCCCUGGCUUCCAGCAGACCUCAGACAUCAAAGAGACAAUUGCCAGUCUGCGACGUGGGCACAUUCAGAAACUGAACUUACGCUACACUCAGGUCUCCAGCCAGGACAUCAGGGACUGCUCUGCGUGGAACCUGAGCGUGAACCUCUACACUGUCAAUGAGCCCUGGCUCUUCUCCCUCCUGUGGUGCUCAGGCGUCCAGUCCGUCACAUCUGACAACUCCCACACCCUGUCCAAGGUGCCUUCCCCCGUCUGGAUUAUGGCCCCGGACGAGUACUGUCUCAUCUGGAUCACGGCUGACCUCGUCUCCUUCACACUCAUCGUGGGCAUUUUCGUACUUCAGAACUAUCACUUAAUCAGGUGGCGACUUGGCAACAUCCGGACCUACAACCCAGAACAGAUCAUGCUCAGUGCAGCUGUGCGUAGGACCAGCCGUGAUGUCAAGAUCAUGAAAGAGAAGUUGAUCUUUUCAGAAAUCAGCGAUGGUGUAGAGAACACGGAUGAUCUCUCCAUGUGUUCCGAAAAUGGCUUUUCCAAUGAUGUCCUCACCCCUGUGGAGCCCAAGACACGCCCUGGCAGAGGAGGACGCUAACCCUGAAAGAUCCAGUGUCCCCAACCCACUCCUACCGUUCUAGCCAAGCAUGGGAAGGGCCACUGGGCCCCAUGGCCUGGCCUGUAAAUAUGUAGAAAGCCCUCUGAGAGCUGAUGGUUUCAGUAGGAAGUUGGGGUGCAAGGCAGAGACCAGCAGAGGGUACCUCAUGCAGGCCCCCAGACUGGCUGCAGUGGGGAAGUCAGUGUGACUUGGAGAGACAGUUGUCAAGAUGCCUUCCCCAACUCCUCAGCUCUGCCUUCACCCACAUUCUCAAUUACCACCAACCCUGUUAGGGUCCUCUUUGGCCAAGCACCUCAUCCCUGUGUGUGUUCUGGGUGGUCAGAGUCAAGAGCCAAGCUGUCUUUGGCCCUGGUCAUAGAGGGAGGCUACAGUUUCUAUGGGAGGGAAUCCUUCCUGUUGGGAGGUGCUUGGUCCAGUCCUCCUGGGAAGAGCAGAGACCACAGCAGUCACUGGGCCCAGCUGCUAUGAAGAUGGGGGUGGGGGGAUUCAGGAAACGGAGUGCUCCUUGUCAGCCCCACAUGGGGGAAGCUAAGAGGAAACCCCAGACAGGAGCUGACUCUUCUUUCCCCAUGUCCCAGGCAGAGAUGUUUGCUCAGUCAGCUCUGCCACCACAAGGGAACCACACAGUACAAGAGGGUCCAGUGGUCAAGGCCACCUGGGACUCUUCCAAACCACAGAGGGGACCGUAUGUGUGUGAGAUGUCUGUCUGUCUGUGCGCAUGAAUGAAAUUCUUUUUUUUUUUAUUUUUAAAUAUGGCCUACAAGGGUAAUGGGCCCCCCUCUGAUGAGCGCUCAUACAGCUCCAAUCCCCGUGUAAAUAUGGAAGCACAAGGGAUAUCACUCCCUGCAGAAUCACUUACUGAACAAGAAAAGAAAUGUCCUGGU